UUGUUGACCUUUAUCCUGCCAUACACCGAUGGAUACGUCGUCCGAUCCGACUUCAUCAACGUUCGCCUGGGCGCUCUUGCUGGACAACGUGAACUGCAGCAGUUUCUCAAGCCAUUGCAGUACUGCAGAGGGCCAAAGGCCGACCUGAACAGCAACAGCCUCGACGACGGCACAUUGAUGUCGCUGAUUAGCUCUGCUGCUGGUGUUAUAACCAGUCCAUUCGACUACGAGUUCAACUUGAAGGAUCUAGAAGACGGCAUCGCGGGACGCAUCUCCUACCCCUGGCUAUCAUCAACGCCCAUCACGCCACGACGUGUCGCCCUAUUCCGCGGCCGUCCGAAUCAUAAGACCGGCUUUCCUGUCUACGCUGCCGCAAAAAACCUGGGCCUCUCUCUCGUUGUCAUUGAUGAACCAGGUCAUUGGCUUCAGCCUGACAGCGAUGAGAACAGAGACCUACGCGAAGCUUUCAUCCCCAUCGAUAUCACCGAGGACGACGGCCUCCCUGCUCGCAUCGCCACUGCUGUUGCAGAGUCCCAUUAUCACAUCGAUGGCAUCUUCACCCUCUCCGACAAUUACCUCGUCUCCGUCGCUCGCGCAGCUGAGCUCAUGCGUUUGCCUACGUGUCCUUCUUCCGCAUACGAAGUCGCCUACGACAAACAUCAAACACGUCGUCUCCAAGCCGCGCCGCAUGAGUUUGCCAGUGUCAACAGCUCUGCGGACCUCCUCUCUAUCAUCGACUCUCAAGCAUUCCUGCCCACCUAUCCACUCAUUGUCAAACCUCGCACCCGUGGUUGGUCGUCUGAGUACGUCACAAAAGUCCGUGACCAGGCAGAGCUCGAAGCAAUCAUGGCCAAGAUAUGCAAAAAGUAUCCUGGUGGCGCGCUCAUCGAGCCAUACUACGAUGGCCCAGAGCUCGAUGUCAACAUCAUCGUAUCUUCCGGGAAAGUCCUCUACACUGAGAUCGUCGACGAACUGCCUAGCAAUGGUGACACCUCCGAUGGCAGCAGCGCCGAUUUCCUCGAGAGCGGAGUGCUCAUUCCAUCCAAGCUGCCACGCUACGAGCAGGACGCCAUAUGCAAGCAAAUUGCCGACAUAAUCAUCCCACUCGGCUUUACAGAUGGCGUCUUCCACACUGAGGUCCGCCUUACGCGAUCAAGCAUGGCGUUCCAGGCAGAUCCUACAACUGGUCUAGUCGACCUCGCGCCUGCAUCCUCCGAGAAAGCAGACGACGAGAAAGAGCCUGCCGUGCGCGCGCAUAUCGUCGAAAUCAACGCUCGUCCUCCCGGCAUCUUCAGUCAAAAGCUCUCGGCACACACCUUUGGCGUCGACUACUUCGCCGCACGCAUGCUCGCCGCCAUUGCCGACCCUGCACGUCUCGCCCUCACCAGCAUCCCCUUUUCCGUCUCCACUAUGCCGCCCGGCGCCCAGUGCCACUCCUUCAUGCUCUUCCUACCCGUACUCCGACCGGGCGUGACGGACGGCGAGGACGUCCUGAACAGAGUGAUGGAGCGCGUGCCGCACAUUGCCGAGCGUGUUGUGGACAGCCACUGCUUCUUCACCAAGGGCGACACGCUGCCUGACCCAAGCGAGACAGUCGCAUGCUUCGCGCGCGUAAUUCUGGCCAGCACAGAGGGCAGGGAGCACGUUAUGGGCAUGGCGGACAGGGUUAAGAGGGAAUACUUUAAGGAC